UCUCCACAUGUGUGUUCGGUCUCAGUCCGCCCGGUUAGUUUCAGCAGGUUUAGCAGGUUGUAGAUGGACGAUCAGUACUAAACCGUUCAGUUUUACACCCCAGAGAUCAUUCACACCGUCAGCCAGGAACGAUAGAUUUAGAAGAAUGGCUUGUGUUAAGAUCGGUACACACAAUGGGACGUUUCACUGUGAUGAAGUGUUGGCGUGUUAUUUACUCCGUCAGCUCCCUGAGUACAAGGAUGCUGAAAUAGUUCGGACUCGGGACCCUGCAGAGCUGGCCAAGUGUCAGGUUGUGGUGGACGUUGGUGGAGUGUAUGAUAAAGAAACCCACCGAUACGAUCAUCACCAGAGGACUUUCGUCGAAACCUUUAACACCUUGUUCCCAGAGAAGCCGUGGGUAACCAAGCUUAGCUCUGCAGGUUUGGUGUACCUGCACUUCGGUCGUCAGGUUCUUUCCAAUCUGACCCGCCUGGCACAGGACAGCGUGAAACUGGAGAUCCUGUAUGAUAAGUUGUAUGAAAACUUUGUGGAGGAAGUGGAUGCCAUUGAUAAUGGGAUUUCCCAGUGUGAUGGAGAGGCACGUUAUACUAUCAGCACCAACCUCAGUUCUCGUGUUGGUCAUCUUAACCCCCGGUGGAACAGCGAGUCCCAGGACACAGAGGAGGGUUUUCACAAAGCCAUUGACCUUGUCGGAGCUGAAUUUCUAGAUCGCCUGGAUUACUAUCAAAAUGCAUGGCUUCCAGCACGAGUGCUUGUGGAAGAAGCAGUCAAGACAAGGUAUCAGGUGGAUCCCAGUGGGGAGGUGAUCGUGCUCUCUCAGGGUGGAUGUCCCUGGAAGGAACAUCUGUUCUCACUGGAAAAAGAACUAAAGCUGGAGAUACCGAUUAAGUUUGUGCUUUAUCCGGACCAGAACGGACAGUGGAGGGUCCAGUGUGUGCCAGCCGGGGUCAACACAUUCCAGAACAGACUGUCGUUGUUGGAGGAAUGGCGUGGAGUCAGAGACGAAAAUUUGUCCCAGCUUAGUGGAAUCCCUAACUGUAUCUUUGUCCAUGCGAGCGGCUUCAUUGGGGGAAACAAAACCAGGGAGGGGGCGCUGGAGAUGGCCAGAAGAACUUUGCAAGCGUCAGCCAAAGCAGGGAACGACUCGAAAGUUUAACAACCUUAAUUCCAUUUUUACUAAUAAAACAUCUGGACGGAAGCAAACUUGUGUAAACUUC